AUGUCUGCCUCUGCUCGUCAACAGAAGGCACCCAGGAAGGGUAUGGCCGAGCCUGCUGCUCGCCGUCCUCCCGCCUGGGGAUCUGGUGCUCGCGCUUCCCCUACCUUCUCUCCUGUAAACAGUAACGCUCGUUUGUCCAAUGCAUCCACCCCUGCCAACCAAGGCGCCUUCCCGCCCCUUGCCCCGGCCAAUGGCGCCCGCCCUCCCGCCGGCGCUGCCAACGACCGUGUCCUGCAAGCGCUCGCAGGUCUUACAGGCACAACGAUCACACUGUCUACAAAGUCCGGUCAACGUUAUGAAGGCGUGAUCGGCUCUGCCGCCGGCGAGGGUGAUACUCCUGGUGUCACUCUCCGCGACGCGAAGGAAAUCUCGUUGGCUGGGGCGCCUCUACGUGACUCGCUUUUCGUUGCCGCCACUAACUUCGACACUUGGCAAUCCGGCCCCGCUGACGCUAAGCCUCCCACUAAUGGCGAUUCUUUCCGGACGGAUGCGGAUAUCAGCGCCAACGCGAAAUUGAACCGCGAACGCGAUCUCCAGGCGUGGCGUCCAGUAGUUGACGCUUCCGGUUCUGUGUCUGCUGACGGCGCCGAUAGUGGAAUUGGAGACGAGCUCACUUUUGGCGCCGGCGCUAACUCUCGUGUACCGUGGGACCAGUUUGCAGCGAAUGAGAGUAUGUUCGGUGUCACGACAACCUUUGACGAGGACAUGUACACGACAAAAUUGGAUCGGAGUGCGGCUGGGUACAAGGAGCGGGAACGCAAUGCGCAACGGCUGGCCACGGAGAUUAUGUCGGGCACGGUUAACAAUCCGCACAUACUUGAGGAACGUACGAUGAACGCUGCUGCGGAUGACAGUGGCGUCAACGAGGAGGACAAGUACGGUGCCGUGGUUCGUGGUCAGAAUGCGUACGUCCCGCCUGGUGCACGCAAGCAGCAGAGCACUGGUGCUGUUGCGCCUGCAUCUGCAGGCGUUGCGGCCCCCACGGCAGAAAUCCCAAAAGUGUCGGUCAACGGCCCGGAUGGUGCGCCGGUGGCGCAGAAAGAUGCAGGGGCGAAGAGUCCUUCGCCUGCACCGUCGACAUCGAGCUCGAACAAGCCUCAUGCGGACCCUGUACCUGCGUUCCGCGAUUUCGUGACAAACGAGCGCCAACGCUUGACUCAGAAGAAGCAAGCACUGGUCAAGAGCGAAAUGGACAAACGCAAGGCGGAAUUGCUCAAGUUCAGCCAAACUUUCAAGCUAAACAAACCAAUUCCCGAGGAUCUCGUUUCUAUUCUUGCCAAAGACGAGGAGAAGCAGAAGCUGAUUCGCGAAAAGUCAUCCCAGGAUGCUGCGUCUACGCAAGCUCGUUCCAUCGGUGUCACAGGCAUCACGUCCUCACCAAGUGUGUCGCGCAUGCCGCAGGGUGCCAGCCCUGCGAUUGCUGCGGCGCGCGUGAAGCAAGGGACUGUUGCGGCGAAAGGGACACAGCCUGCAGGUACAACUGUUGCGCCAAAGCCUGUUACUGUGAAAGAUGGGAAAUCGAACGGGAAAGCGGGAAUCAGCAUGGUCAUUCAGGCUAUACCUCCGUUCAAGGGCUCGAAGUCCAGACAGGCUACUUCCUCGGCUGUUUCUCCAACCCCGAGUGCGCCAAACGGUGCGCCCGCUACCACACAACCUACCUCACCGACGGGAGGAAGUCGUUUGAACCCGAACGUAUCGUCUUUCAGGCCGGGUUCCAAGGGCUCUACGUCUCCUAUACCGAGCAAUGCUUCUGCUUCUGCUGGUGCUUCUCCUAAGCCGAAAGAACCCGUCGCCUCAAAUCCGUUCUUUGGCAACAAGGUCAUUAAGAAGACUCCGGUACAUGUGAAGGACGAUUUCAACCCGUUCAAACACAACAAGGUUGCGGAAGCAUCCCAGAUUACUGCUCUUUGGCCUUACAGCGGCAAGCGGUAUAUGAACAUGUUCCCGCCACUCUCUCAGCAGCCUCACCAGCCAUCUGCACAAAACCCCCCUCAGCAGCCUCCUCAGCAGCAGCAUGGCGGCUACGAGGAUGGUGCCGAUCAGCGACAACAGCAACCACCCCCGCAGCAGCAGCAGCAGCAGCAGCAGCAGCAGCAGCAGCAGCCGCCUUACGUGUACGCGUACCCCGCUUACGGCUACCCCGGACAGAUGAUGCCAGGUAUGGGCCACCCACCGCCAGGAUACAUGCCCUUCAUGCAGGCCAUGCCUUACCCUCCCGGAAUGCCCCCUCCAAACGGACAACCCAUGUAUGCAUCCCCAAUGCCGCAGAUGGCCCUACCCCCAGGCGCUUAUAUGCCCCCUCCGCCGGGUACUUACCCACCACCGAAUGGUGCCGGCCCUCGUCCCUCCAUGCCCCCCACACCGAUUCCCGCACAUGCACACCCAUACUACCACCAGAGCCCACAAAUGCAACACGCUGUGCCCUACCCCAUGAUGAUGCCCCCUACCGGUGGCCCACCGCACCCCUACGAGGCUGCUCAGGCGCCAAUGGGCGGUGUUGGCCCUGCAUAA